CAUUUGGCUGCCGCAGAGGGAGCUCGAAAUCAAUUAAUUGUGUACACAAAUUACGUCUACGUGGGCUGAUUUCGUGAAGAGGAUUGAUGCUAGAAUUCAGGAUGAUCAGAUGAUUUCUUUCACGUUUUGUAAAUGUCUGACAGAAAUCUGAAGAGGUUGAAUACUUGAGCGAGGUGUAUACCACGGCAAUGAUCGUGGACAGUCUACUUAUCAUUUAAAAUCUGCAUGUCUAGUACCAGGUACUCGCAUUCUGUCAAGUUGGAUUUCGGCAGGCAGCCAGCCCUAUCGUUGACCGUCGACAACAUGAUCUCUUCCCGUCGCAGCGGCCGCCCGCUCGGGCAAACCCUCUUCUUCGCAUUGACUUUUCUUGCCUGCCUGUAUGGUGUUUACACAUAUUUUCAGAUUAAAAAAGCUCUCGAUGAAGCAACGAAUAGAACUAUUAAAUAUCAACAGCAGCAAGAUUCACUCACAGCUCAGUUGCAAGUUGUCUACGAACACAGAUCAAGAUUAGAGAAAGCCUUGCAGGUUGCAAAAGGAGAACAGAAGAAAAAUAAAGAAGUAUUUGAACAAAAAAUUGAUGAUGCAAGGCAAGAACAUGAAAAUAGGUACAAUGCUAUCAACAUUCAACAUAAAAUGCUACGAGCUCAAUAUGAUGAUACACAGGAGGACCUUGAGAAGCAGAAAGCCUUAAGUAGAGACCUUCAGAAUCAGCUUGAGGAGCAGAAAGACGAACAUGAGGAAAAUAUAGCUAAAGUGCAGGAAGAUGCAAGCAGGAGGUUACAAGUUUUACAAGCUCAAUUGAAUGAGGCGCAAGGAUCGUUAGACCAACUGACCGACCAGCAUCAACAGACUGUCUACAAUAUGAGACAAAUACAGAAUGAUUUUGGGCAGGUGAAAGCAGAUAGAGACCAGCUAGCACAACAAGUAGAAUCCUUUGUGAUGCAGAUCAACACCCAUCAGACCAACAAUGCCCAGUUGCAGGCUCAACUGGAAGAUUUAUCCCAGAAAAACCUCCAAUACAAGCAACACAUUGAGAGUCUACAAGGAUAUAAACAAGGAGAGCAACAAGAUAAACAACAACAGAAUCCACAGGAUCAACAGCAACAGGUCUUGCUUCAACAGCAGCAACAACCACAGCAACAACAACAUCAGCAGCAGCGUAGAGAAGUUGCCGCUCAGUUGAAUAGACAAGUACCAGGUUUUCCUCAAGUUAACCCGAGGAACCCGUUUGUGCAAAAACAGCAGCAGCAACAACAACAGCAGCAACAACAGCAACAGCAACCACAAUACAACCAGAUGGAUAACCGACAGCUGCAGCAACAGAGACAGGCAUUGCAGAACUUGAGGCAACAGCAGCAGCAACUUGACCUGCAACAACCGCAACAGGGCGGCUACAACAAUCCAGGCCGGGUUCAGUUUGACUCAAGGCAACAGCAGCAGCAACAGCAGCAACCGUUGGGUGGUGAUCAAGGAGUUGGUCAAAGGGUGUUUGACAGACACAGGCAGAAAGAACUCAUGAUACAACGCUACCACCAGAAUGGCAAACCUAUCGAAACAAAUCAAGAAGAUAACCAGCCACAGUAUAAUUUCAACAGAAACAGAUUUCAGCAAAAUGCACCUGAUCAGCAACAACAGCAGCAGCAGCAGCAGCAACAACAACAACAACAACAACAACAUGAGGAACAGGGAUUAGGUAACCAGUUAGCAGAUAAUAGGAGAGGAGAUGUGGGAUUAGACAAGCCAGAAGAAGGAGAAAACCCAAAUGAAAGUAGCAGUGAAAAUGACCAGGGCCAGCAAGCAGUACCAGAUCAAGGGGAUGAUCAAAGAGCUGUAGAUUAUCAAGCUCAUGAGCAACAAGAGAAGGAACUGAAUAAUGAAGGCGAUGAAUCCGAGGAUGAGAAUGCAGAAGCCAAUGAACAAUACCAGAAAGCCCUUCAAGAGAGAAGACAACAGAAUCAACUUCAACAACAAAGACUCAAGAAUCGUGAAAAUCUAGGCGACAGGGAGCAACUCCGAAGACCGGAUGAAUUUCAACGGGGACAGAACCAAGGACGAAACGACAUGGUAGGCGCCGGGCGGGACCAAUUCCAACCCCUCCAGCCGCAUCAGGGCUUCCCUCCAUUACGCCGUACAGACCAAGAGGAUCCGGCAGAACAGAUGCAAAGAGCUCAGGAGCAACAGGAGAUUAGAAGAAUCAAUCAUAAAUUAGAAGAGGAGGAGGAAGAGGAAGGGUUGGAGAUGGAGAGAAGAUUGGAUAGGAAUCAACAAGCAGAAGAGGUCGAGUUAAGGAGAAGACAGCAAGAACAAGCUGCAGAGAUAGCAGAACUUAGAAGGAUUCAUCAAGAAGGCGCUAGAAAUGGUGACGGAGAAAGGAUAGAAGAACAAGGAGAUGAGGUGGAGGAGGAGGACGAUAAAGUCGAGUUGGAGAAAGAUGAAGAGAUGGGUGGAGCAAAUCAAUUUGCACAACCACAAGAUGGAGGCAUGUUUAUAGGCAAUGAUGCGGAGAGACAGAUACAAGAACAAGAGAGAAAACAUAAAGAAGAACAAGGUGAAAAAUUUAGAAUGGAGCAGGAUGGCCGCAGAGAAGAACAAAAAAGAGAAAAUGGUAAAUUUGGAUUACGAGAACAAGAUAAUAAUAUAGAAAAUGGAGAGAAUGGAGGAGAUGCUCAAGUCCAAAUGCCAAAUGCUAUUGAUAUUGGUGAAGGAGCCCCUGAAGAAGAUGAUGAGGAAGCCAACGAUGAUGAAGAUGAUGAGGGAGAUGUACGAAAUGAAGAUGAUAAUAAAAAUAAUGAUCAAAAUAUAAAUAUAGUAAAUCCUGUUUUACAAAAUCCAGGGGAUGAUGAAGAUGAGGAUAAAGAAUAUGACAAUAAUCCCAUGGAAAGAGCAGAUAGUAGAAGAGAAGGAGAUAUGUGACGUUGAUUCACCUCUAGUGCUUUCAAGCAACUUGACUUUUUUAUGAACAAAAUUUCUUCAAGAUAAAGAACAAAUAUUUUAUGUAUGCGAUCUUCCUACCUAUCUUCUGCUGCUAUAAACUGUGCGUUUUAUAGAGAUCCUUUUUCCUGAGACCCUAAAGGAUUUUAGGAUACUAUGAUCUGAAACCGUGGUAGGAGUCCUUGUCCACUUUAAAGGUCUCUUGCGGCCGAUCGGGUCACAGAUCAAGAAGAAUAUGUGAUGCUUUGCUUCAACUCACAUGAACUGCCAUUCAACAGACUGACUGAAGUUGGAGUCGAAGCUCUACUGCUACUGAACAGGUUUGAAGAGAAUACGCAUGAUACUUAGUUCGAAUUC